AUGCGCAUAUGGUUGAGCAACGACUUGAGUGCUCUGAGCUUCCCUCGACAUCGGAGCAUUUGGAUUGGUGGCGCAACCUACGCUGAUGACUUCGUUGUUUCGGGUGCGCCGAAAGGAGCAGCCACUCUGAAGUUCCAGGAGCCUUCGACAUGGUACCUGCAUGCCAUAGCGGCAGACCUGGAAAUUGAGGAGAAAUCUCACGUCGUGAUGAUCAAGAAAAACACAUCGUACAAGCUGCCAUCCAACACCAUCAAGGUGAGAAUCCAACCGCUGGGACAAGAAGUGACCUUGCGGCCAUGCUUCUCUGCUCGAAGAGCUCUCAGCAGUGACUUGGUGGCCAGCUUGCAGGAGCAACUUCCUUGCGAGUGUGAUUUUUCUCGACCGCCUCUCGUACUUGUUCACUUUCAACUUGAACUCAAAGAUAAAGCUUCCACUGGUGCCCAUGCCGUGAUGUUUUCCGAACACAUAGGAGCCAUCGUGGCCCAGGAGCCCUUCACCAUUGGGCGUCGUGGUGCAUCAUCCCUGGUGAUUCCCAUGGCAGGGAACUUAAGCGCCUCGGUGAGCCGACAUCACUGUUGCGUACAUUUGGAAGGAGAUCAUUUGGUGGUCUUCGAUGCUGGCUCCAUGUGCGGCACCAAGCUGAAUGGCCAGGUGUUGGGCGACACUUUGGCUUCCGCCCAUCCGCUGCACCAGAGCGACGUCUUGGACAUGGGCCAAGUGCGGAUCCGCCUUGCCAAGGUCUCUCCAUUGAUAGGAGCAGAUGAUGAAACGGCUCUGGCUAUGUUCGUUGGUGAUGUAGACCAUUCUGUGCCAAAUGUGGUGCGACGUCCGCUGUUGAUCCCACCUGCCUAA